CUUGCCAUAGUCGAAGGCGGUGACAAAGUCUAACAAUGUUGUAAUUCCAAGCUUUACACAACGAGGAACGGGGAAGUUCACUGAUUUACACGAUAUGAGAACAAGUCAUUUUCGUCUGAUUACUGGUGUCCUUUGAACCCGCUAAACUAAGCCUACAGUUAAGUAAGAUGGCAGGGUGGUUGGUUGUGCUCCUGACGGCACAGCUGUUAUCGUUGGUGUCUUCUUAUCCAUGUCCUUGUGAGGAUCCAUCGCUAUGCAACCAAAUCACCGACGUGAAAAAGUUCGAGGUGUUCGUGUUUGAUGUUGGAGGAAAGCAGUGGAAGUCCUAUGACUGGUCAGUGGUAACAACAGUGGCAGCCUUCGGGAAAUACGACCCAGAGCUCUUGUGUUUUGCCCAUUCUAAAGGAGCACGGCUUGUUUUGAAAGGUGAUGUCUCCCUUGAUUACAUCGUUGACCCGACCAAUAGGACAGCUUGGAUAUCUGGCCAAGUCGACCUGGCGAAAAAGCAGUUCAUGGAUGGAAUCAAUAUUGACAUUGAGCAUGAAGUGCAGGAUGGGUCCCCAGAAUACUAUGCUCUGACUGCACUGGUCAAAGAGACUACAGAGGCCUUCCAUGAGGAGAUCCCAGGCUCCCAGGUGUCGUUUGAUGUGGCCUGGUCUCCAAGGUGUAUUGAUAAGAGGUGCUACGAUUACAUAACCAUAGCUGAAUCAUGUGACCUUUUGUUUGUGAUGUCAUACGAUGAGCAGAGCCAGAUCUGGGGUGACUGCAUUGCAAUGGCAAAUGCGCCAUACAACCAAACACUGGCUGGUUAUACUGAUUACCUGAAGAUGAACAUUGACCCUAAAAAGCUUGUGAUGGGGGUGCCCUGGUAUGGAUAUGACUAUGCUUGUCUGGAAUUCACCCAGGUAAAAGAGAUGUUUUUUUUUAUCAACACAGGUGAAUAAGACAUUAGCAGAAAC